AUGUCGGACGAAAAAGAGGUCACGCAAACCAUCGAAUCCGGCGUUCCCGCCAAGCCGGUCAAGAAGCGCGCCUGCGUCGACCACUGCAAACGCUUCUGGUGGCUUCACCUCAUCAUCUUCGUCCUCGUCUCCGUCCUCGUCAUCUGCCUCAUCAUCUUCGUCGCCGUUCCCAAGAUCGCCCAGGCCAAGGUCAACGAUGCCGAGCUCGAGAUCCAGGGCGUCAACGUGCUCGACACCAAGCCCGACUCGUACCUGAUGCAAAUCAACUCGACCAUCAAGACGGACGGCAAGGUCAAGGCCGACAUCGACCCCUUCGUCGGCAACCUCUACCUCGAGGACGUGCCCAACGCGCCUGCCUUUGCCACGCUCGACUUCCCGGCGACCAACGGAGACGAGCACCAGAUCGUCAACGUCAGCCAGGUCGUGCGCAUCACCGACGAGAAGGCCUUUGAGCAGUUCAACAUCGACUUCUUCCAGCGCAAGAACCUCACCAUCCGCAUCCAGGGCAACACGCAGAUCCAGCCCAAGGGUCUGAACAGGAAGUCGAGCGUCGAGUUCAAAAAGGUUCUCACCGUCAACGGCCUCAACCUUCUCAACGGUACCAAGGUCGUCGGUGGCAAGGUCGACUUCAUGGCCAAGUCGGGCGAGAACAACUUCCACGGCACCGCCGAGAUCCCCAACAACUCUCACUUCACCCUCGACAUUGGCAACGCCACCUUCAUCAACUAUGCCGACAACCAGGAGCUCGGCAAGCUCACCAUCACCAACCUCGUCCUCCGUCCUGGCAUCAACAAGGUGGCCGUGGCCGCCGCCAUGGACCAGGUGAAGAUCGUCCAGAUCCUCGCCAAGAAGCCCUACUGCGAGACCGGCAUCAUCCCCUUCCAGCUGCUCGGUUCCGACGUCCAGAACAACGGGAAGCAGAUCCCCUACUUCCUUGCCGCCCUGAGCAGCGCCAACCAGACGGUGCCCAUCGAUAUUGCUGGAAUUCUGGGCAUCGAGGCUAGCUGCCCGACCACGACCUCGUCUUGA